AGGAUGCAAGGCCACUGCUUGUGUCACUUCAGUACUGCCCUGGAUAGUGCUGCAUUGCAACCCAGCAGAUUCCAGGCUAUGUGGCUUUAUGUGGUUGCCCUGGUGGGCCUCUACCCCCUUCUAUGCUGGUACCUGGAGAGGCAGGUGGUGAGCCAGCUGUGGGACAAGUACAUCUUCAUCACAGGCUGUGACUCGGGCUUCGGGAACCUGCUGGCCAAGCAGCUGGACCUGCGUGGCUUGAGGGUGCUGGCUGCGUGUCUGACUGAGAAGGGGGCCGAGACACUGAAGGCACAGACUUCAGACAGGCUGGAAACUGUGAUCCUGGAUGUCACCAAGUCAGAGAGCAUCACUGCUGCCACUCAGUGGGUGGAGGAGCACACAGGAGACAGAAGUCUCUGGGGUCUAGUGAACAAUGCUGGCAUCUCAGUGUCCACAGCUCCCAUUUUGUGGAUGACCAAACAGGACUUCAUGAAAAUAUUGGAUGUGAACUUGUUGGGAGUGAUUGAGGUAACCCUGAGUCUACUGCCCCAACUGCUGAAAGCUAAGGGCCGUGUGCUCAAUUUUUCCAGUGUUGCGGGUCGUGUGUCCAUUUUUGGUGGUGGCUACUGCGUCUCCAAGUAUUGCCUUGAAGCCUUCUCAGACUCCCUCAGGAGGGAAGUCUCAUUCUUUGGAAUGCUAGUGGCUAUUAUUGAGUGUGGUUUAUUCAAGACUCCCAUGGUGGACAGUGAGCCUCAUAUUAAGGCUCUCCAGAGUUUGUGGGAUCAGUGUAGUCCAGAAAUCAAGGACAUCUAUGGCAAGAACUACCUGGCAUCCUCAAUUAAAUUCUUGCAGAACUGGGGCCCACAGAUUUGUGAGAAUCUGACCUUGGUGACAGACUGCAUGGAACACGCCCUGAUCUCCUGUCACCCUCGCACCAGAUACUCUGCUGGCUGGAGUGCCAAACUCAUUUUCAUUCCCCUGAGCUAUAUGCCCACCUUCCUGGCAGAUGCCUUCUUAAGAUGGAAAGCCAUAGGCCUUCCAAGGCCCUGUGAUGCGCAGAUGAGGUGCACCAUAGGAUGAGGUUAUGUAUUGAGAGGCAAGACUUGAAAUGGAUGGAAAUGUACUGGAGGACAAGAAGAUCCCUCUGUACUAAAGAUGCUGCUGUAGUGGUAAAAGGAAGAAGGUCUUCUAGCAUGAACCAUCAGCCCCAGGUGCAUAAUCAUGGGAAAAUGUCACCACGAGGCACUGCAUUCCUGGUUAUGCAUGGUGGGCUACAGAAUCAACAGAAUUGACACUACCUAAUCAAUUGACACAUCAAGCAAAGUGUGAUGUGAAGAAUUAUUACAUUAUCUACAGUGUUCAAUAAAUAGAUAUUUAUGAUCUGUAGAAA